AUGGCAGGUGUUGUCCACCACCACUUUGCCAGGAGAGGAUACCGUCAAAGGCUGUAUGUUGAACGUACCAAGCCACUGGAGCAAUACACCACUGAGGAGCUGUAUGUCCGGUUUCGCUUUGGGAAGGCUGAUAUAGAUUACCUUGUGAACCUUCUCAGGCCAAAACUUCAACACAGAACCCAAAGGAGUCACGGUCUGUCUGUGGAAGACCAGAUCCUCAUUGCUCUCCGAUUUUAUGCAUGUGGGACUUUCUAUCAAGUUGUUGGUGACUAUAUGGGAGUGGUGAAAUCAGCUGUGUGUGAUGUAGUGAGAGAUGUGUCAAUCGCACUGGCCAGCCUGGUCAGUGAAUUUGUUUCUUUUCCAAAGGACAACCAGAUUGCCCAGGCCAAGCGCAGCUUUUUUCUUUUGGGGAAUAUGCCCAAUACUAUUGGAGCAAUCGACUGCACACAUGUGCAUAUACAAGCACCUCGUGAGAAUGAAUGGGAGUUUAGAAACAGAAAGGGGAGGCACAGCAUCAAUGUCCAACUUGUGUGUGAUGCUGACCUCAUCAUCACCAACUGCGUUGUCAAGAGGCCUGGGUCUGUCCAUGAUGCAUGCAUCCUGAGGGAGAGCGCUCUAUAUAGAGACCUCCAAACCAACCGACCGGAUGGCGUAAUAUUAGGAGACAGUGCCUACCCACUCCUACCAUGGCUGAUGACUCCUUUUCUAACAGCAAAUACACCGGCCCAGGCACGCUUCAACACUGCUCAUUGCAGAGCAAGAUGUGCAAUUGAGCGUUUAAAUGGAGUUCUUAAGAGGCGCUUUGCAUGCCUUAAAAGAAAGAGAAUGCAACAUAAAGCAUCAACACAGAAAGCAUGCAACAUAACCCUUGCCUGUAUUGUCCUGCACAACAUCGCUAUUAAGCGCAAUGUCCCUCUCUGUGCUGACAAUGAUGCACUUGAGCCCCUUGGAGACCCUAACCAACCUCCUGCAUUCUGCCAGAACGAGCAAACAGGACGUGCAACAAGGGACGCAAUAGUUAGACACUAUUUCUGA